AUGAGGACCGGUCGCUCCUUCGCCGCUUUUGCGCUUCUCUCCGCGUCGCUCUGCUCGGGCGUGCUGGGGGAGUCCUCUCGAACAGCACAGCAGGCUACGCAGGAUGGGAACAGAUUACUAGCGGAGGGCGAGUAUAGCGGAGCUGCGAGAGCGUUCGGAGAAGCGAUAGAGCUGGACCCGUCGUCAUUUUCGACCUACUACAAGCGGGCGACCGCAUACCUUUCUAUGGGACGGACCAACGCCGCGCUGGAUGACUUUGAUACAAUACUGCGGCUGAAUCCGGCUUUCGUACAGGCGCACUAUCAGAAAGCCAAGAUACUAGCAAAGGAUGGGGAGUUCAGUCGAGCAGGAGAAGCGCUCCAGCUAUAUACAAAGCAGGAUCAGGAGGCGGCCGAUCUGGCUGAAGCUGUCAAGUCAGCAGCGAAUGCGGCUGGAUCUGCGCGGAAGGCGAGGAAGAGCAGGGACUGGCCGCUUUGCGUGCAACACGCUACGAAAGCUCUGGAAGUGGGACCCAACUCUGUUGAGAUGAGGGAGGUCAGAUUAGCGUGCAACGAGGAGAUGGGGGAUGUGGAUGCGGUCUAUGGUGAUCUUAGCCGACUAGCUAUACUUCAACCCGCUUCCACCGACCUUCCCCUCCGCCUAGCCCAUAUCGGCUACUUCAUCCUCGCUUCUCCACAAGCGCUGAACCACGUCAAGCAGUGUCUGCAUUACGACCCCGACUCGAAGCCCUGCAAGAAGGUGCACAGGCUACUGAGGUCACUCGAGAAGGACGUGGCGAAGGCGCGGAACUUUGUCGAGGGCGGGACCCCUCGGCCAGCCAUCAAAGUUCUAGACGGCGAUGACGGGUUGCUGGCGCGGUUCGAGAAGGCGUUCAAGGACGCACAGACUGAGCAGGACGGCCGGAUUUGGCUACCACUAACAUUACGGCCGAACGAGACGAGCGAGACCAGACUCAACCUCUAUGCCCUCGCGUGCAAGGCUGCGGUCGGUGCGAACGACUUUACCAAGUCGCGGGGGAUGAAGUGGUGCGACGAGGUGUUUGCGAUGGACGCGGAGAACUCGGAUGCUCUGAUAGCGAGAGGGGAGAAGGCGCUCAAGGAGGAGAAGUACGAAGAAGCGGUACGGAUGUUGGAAAAGGCGUUUGAGACGACUGGGCGGAGCAGCCAGGAUAUUGCGAAUAGGCUGGGGAAAGCGCAGAAGUUGUUGAAGGUGUCCAAGCAGAAGGAUUACUACAAGGUGCUGGGAGUAUCGAGGGAUGCGGAUGCUCGGACGAUCAAGAAGGCAUUCCGGACAAAAGCAAAGAUCGCCCAUCCCGAUGUUGGAGGAUCAGCGGAACAGAUGUCGGCUCUCAACGAGGCACAUGAAGUCUUGUCAGAUCCUCAACUGCGCCAGCGUUACGAUAACGGCGACGACCCAAACGAUCCGACAUCAGGCCACCAGCAGAACCCCUUUGCCCAUCAUGGCGGGAUGCCAUUCCAAUUCUUCCAGCAGCAGGGCGGUGGGUUCCCUGGCUCAGGAGGCGGACAGAGGAUGCAGUUCCAGUGGGGAUAG